UGUAUGUCAAAGCAUUCCUACCUGUGGUAUUCAGUUUUGGGCCAGUUCCCGGGACGGAGCCGACUGGAAGUCCGGGACACGGCGGGCGGCUUGUCGUGCAAGUCGCCGGUAGUCGCCCGUGUCGGCCAGGCCAUUUUCCACAAGCCAUUAUCCUCACCGUCAUUUCCUCCACACGUACGCUACAAUGGCGCACUAUAUAGAUACAACCACAGCUAUGCCUUGCAGCGAGGCAACAAUAGAGGUCUCGAUCUCGUUGCCCGGCCAGCGGCUUCAACGCCUGAUUGUCGCGGCGAUGGUCCUGACAAUGGUAUUAGCUUUCCCAUUGGUAGUGAUGGUGUCCUUCCUGCUGCCGGGCCCGCUUCUCCUCUUCUUUUUCUACGUGCGAUUCAAGACCGCUCUUUUGGAGGAAGAGUCAAAUCUGAGCCCGGCUGCUGCUGCUGCAAAGCAGCUAUGGAAAGACCUGCGCAGCAAGAAGCCAAUGGCGGCACAGGUGCGUUGACCAAGUAUACUUGCUACUGGGGCCAUGGGUUGACAAAACGGCAACUAGCGCCUUUGAGCCGGCUGCUGACAUUUAUCCGGACAGUUGACAUAGUGCGCGAUAGGCUAUGCACCUUCUGCUGCAAGCUGAACACAUUUCGCGCGGGAUUGGACUUCGGGUUCCUUGGCUUAGCGAGCGGCUUUCCUGUUGUCCAUUGUACUUCUUCUUGCUAACACAGCUGCUCCGGUUCAUGCACCCGCAGGCCAUUGCAACCGACGACAGCGACCUUUCGCCGACUGGCACCACCGUCUGCCUCCACGAUGUCUCCACACCCGGCGAAGACCGCCUUCCAAGCCCGUGGCUGGCGUCGCCUGUCAAUGACAUCUCUUCCAUUGAGGUCGAGCCCCUCACUCGCAGCAGCUCCUUCACCUCGCCAUUUAAGUCUCCGUCGGGCCACGCUGAUGAGCAGGCUGACGAGCUGGACGCCGAGGAGGGGGCUUUGGAGAUUGAGCGCGCCGUGACUGAAGAGCCGGCGACGGCCCAGCCCGCCACGGUGCCUGCGGGGGAGGCCGCCGGCAUCGCGCUGGACGGCCGCUGUGAGAUUAUGAUGGUGAAGCCCGCCGACACCAAGGACGGCGCCGACCUGCUGAGCUCGGGCUCCGCCGCCUCCGCCGCCGCGUUUCCCUCCUCCUCCUCCUCCAGCCGCUCCUCCUCCUCCUCCUACCCCUCGUUCCCCUCCUCCCUCUCCUUCGCUGUGGAACCCCCUACGGUGGAGCUCGAGAGCGAGUCUGAGCCCGAGCUGCCCGCGCUGCGGCCACAGCACUCGCUCCUGCGCCGGCGUCCCUUCUCCCUGUCGUUCACCCUGGACUGCAGCGGCCCGAUGGAGGAGGCGAAGGCUGAGCCAGCAGCUGCCAGCAGCUGUAGCGAGCCCGCCGCGAUGGAGCAGGACCAGCAGGAGGAGGACGCGCAGCAGCCGCAGUUGCGGCCCGCGAUCACAAACCUUCACAUGAUGCGGCCGGACUCCAACAUGUACCGUGAGCUCCGCGCCAACGGCGUGAAGGGCUUCGUCAAGGACUACGAAGGCGGCGGCCUCCUGGGUCAGGGCGCCAACGGCUGCGUGUACUCCGGCACCGUCGUCACGGAGUACGGCGCGGUCCGCGUGGCCAUCAAGACUCCCAUCCAGACCGACAGCGACUCUGACAACGACUCCGAUAACGACUGCGACAGCGACAGCGACUGGGACUCUGCCAACCAGCUGCUGCGUGCGGAGGGUGAAGUCAUGUUCCAGCUGCAGUACAAGGGGUUGGUGGACGACGGCUGCACGGUUCGUGCACUGGGCCUCACCGGCAAGAAGAAAUCUCACCCGGUGCAGCUGCUGAUGGAGCUGGCGCAGUGCUCGCUUUGGGACAAGCUGGACGAAGCACAGGCGCGGCCCGACUUCUGCCGCGGCCAAACGACGGUGCUGCCCAUGCGCGACGUGUUCCGCGUGCUGCGCGCUGUGACCUCUGCCCUGGCGGCCACGCACCGUCUCGGGUUCGUGCACCAGGAUGUGAAGACCGACAACGUCCUGUGCCGUGACGAUGGCAGCUACUGCCUGGGCGACUUCGGCUGUGUGGCGAAGAUCCCCAAGAACCGGAAGAUUCUGGCCGACACCUACCACAAGGACGACUGUUGCGGCAGUCCCGACUUCUGCGCGCCGGAGGCCGCGCUGGCCAACAGAGAUCUGCGGCCUAAGACGCCCUGGCUGUUCCUGAAGAAUUGCAUCAGGAUGCGCACUAAGCUGCCGCUCACGCGCGCCGUGGACAUUUACAGCCUGGGCGUUCUGGCGGUGUGCCUGCUGGUCACGGGCACUUUCCAGGAGUCGGCCGCGCGCUACGCGCAUCGCGAGUUGCCCCUGCCGCCUCACGUGCCUUCCGCCCUGGCGCAGCUGGUGCUCGACUGCACGGAGGACAAGUCGCACCAGCGGCCCAGCGCCGAGCAGGUGCUACAGCGGCUGGAUGCCAUGGAGGCGGAGGUGCUGGCGGCUGAGGCCAAGGCGACUGCUGAAUGAAGCGGCCGCGGAGCUGGUGAACGGUUAGCUGGCGGACAGCAUUGUGGCGGCCCUGUGCCCCUACCUGAUGAUUAUGGUGGCUUGCAGGUUGUGCGAGGGAGCGGCGUUUGCAGCACAAAACGCUACGCGAGUGGUGAGAUAGCAAGUACGUAGAUACGUGGAUGCCAUUGAUUGCCGGAGAUAAUGAUUAGCGCGUGUCUUUCCAACAUGCGGUAGGAUCCAUGGCGUUAUUAAUUGGUGUGUGCUGCCACGGCAGCAGUGAGCACACAUGCGCAGCCAACAGGAAUGCUUGCCAUGCAAUAUGCGCAUGACAAGGGCAGGAAGCGUGAUUUCUCUUUAUCCAUAGGCUCUUUGCCAUACUUUGCAGCUAAUAAUGGUUUGAUGACGGUGGAUUCGCAUGGGCUGCGUGCGCAGCGGUGGUCUUGCCAUGUCGGAUGCCCACGGGCACGGGCAAUCUAUGGCAAUGCAGGCUGUUCAAGCUCUUGUUACAUUUAAAGCUUGUACACAUUCUGAGCUGGAAGUGCUGAUGAUCAAGACGAUGCAGUAUAUGAGUGGAAGUGUGUACUCUUUUUUCGCAACGGGCCUCACUCUUCUGACGGUAGUGAUGUGAGCUUAGGGUCGUGAGGUUUGGCUGUACAAGAGCUGCUCCUCCAUCUCGGCACGUGCUGAAGUGCUGUACAGCUCUAGGGCUUGAGUGCUCUGGUGGUUGAGCUUAGGGUAUGUGCGAGCUGCAACGUCGAGGUAGGCAACUUACAGGAACCGUCCAGUAGUGAUGUGGCGUCGAGUGUUUGGAUCAUGCCUUGCGCGUUUGUGUGGUGUUCGUAUGUAGGUGGCGUGGGACGUGAUUUGGUGCGUGUACAGUAUAACAGUCCGUGCGGCGUGCACGUGGAUGCCUGUGAAUGAGCGCAUGGCCAUGCCAUCUGAGUGUGAGGGCUGUGCCCCGAGGUUAUGAUGGGGCUUGUGUGAUAGAGCUUCGGCCUCAGACGGUAUGAUGCGGUGUCAGGGGUGUGGGCUCAGUCCACUGUUCGUGGCAGGGGAAUCCACCUCCCCUGCCUAAGUAUCCUUGCAAGACUUUUACCCGCGGCGGUGCGGGUCUGCCAUUGCAGCGCUGCAGGUGCCCAAGCCCAUGUGCCAAGGCACGAUGUAACACCUUGUCAAU